AUGUGGAGAACGCGAAAAAGAAAAAGUUCCAAAGUUGAAUCGUGCACAGACGUACAAGGUAGGAAUAGAACAAAGUGUCCUUGUUUUGUGAACGGCCUCGGCUGUAAAAAUUGUCACUGCUACAACUGCAAAAACAUCUAUGGAGAAAAAGAGUCCAGCUUAGAAAAAAAUAAAGACUUGCCCACGGGAAAAAGGAAAUCAGGUCUAUCCAGUCCACCAUCUCUAAAACGGCAGAGGGGCUCGCAAUUUUUGAAGGAAAAUGGAAUAACAAAUCAUACAGACCAUAGUGGAGGAUGGAGUGAACUUGAGGGCUGUAUCUUAGAUAUGACUGAAUCAUUUCUAUACUCAACCAGCAUUUUACCAUCUAAGGAAAAUAUUUCUACCCUAUAUAACUAUGUAAUUCAAAGUAGCGCUGGGAGGAAUUCUGACGUCAAAAACACGAAGUCCCUCGCACAAGUCAUUGGAAAGCUUGAUUACAAAAAAAGACGACUAGAUGCUAUUUUA